CGGAGCUCUAGACGAGACUUUGCUCUCAGCCCAGCGCAUUGUUCAGCCUCAUUUGAAUGCAGGAGAAAGUGGUAUCUGCGCAGUGGGGGAAACUAAAAUUCUCUUGAAUCACUGUCAGCAGCAGUGUUUGGAGACGAGUGCUUAAAGGUUUUAAUUUUGGACCAUUUGGUUUGAGCCUAGGAGGCCAAAAUGGAAAUGCACAUGACAGAGCCCGCUGGUUCGGUGAAGGUCUCGGAGUGGCAACAGUCGUAUUAUGGGACAGAUUCAGGCAUCCAAUCAGGAGCCACUACAGUUCGCUCAGACGAUGGUGGAACAGAGUACAGCACCAAUAAAUUCACUUACACCAGCACGUUCGCAGAGAAACCUGCAGAAGUGGAGUCUCAGUACGCAAUGACCCGUGCCCAGCGUGUGAGGGCUGCCAUGUUUCCGGAGACAGUGAUGGAGGGUUCAGCCAUCCUGUCCACACAGAUCGAUCCGUCCCAGCAGACAAAUGUACAGAAGCUGGCUGAACCCUCUCAGCAGCUCAAAUCCGCCAUCAUUCACCUCAUCAACUACCAGGACGAUGCCGAGCUUGCCACUCGUGCCAUUCCAGAGCUCACCAAACUCCUUAACGACGAUGAUCAGGUUAUAGUGAAUAAGGCCGCUAUGAUCGUGAACCAGCUGACCCGUAAGGAGGCGUCACGGCGGGCUCUGAUGCAGUCCCCGCAGAUGGUUGCAGCAGUGGUAAGAGCCAUGCAGAACACAUCAGACAUGGAGACGACCCGUGCCACUGCCAGCAUCCUGCACAACCUCUCACACCAUCGCGAGGGACUGCUAGCCAUCUUCAAAUCAGGGGGCAUUCCAGCUCUUGUGCGCAUGCUGAGCUCUCCAAUGGAUUCAGUUCUUUUCUAUGCCAUCACCACCCUGCAUAACCUGCUCCUGCACCAGGAGGGAGCCAAGAUGGCAGUGCGUCUUGCUGACGGGCUUCAGAGGAUGGUACCCCUGCUGAAGAAGAGCAAUCCCAAGUUCCUGGCAAUCACCACAGACUGCCUACAGCUACUUUCCUAUGGCAACCAGGAGAGCAAGCUGAUAAUCUUGGCCAAUGGGGGUCCUGAGGGCCUUGUUAGCAUCAUGAGGACCUACAACUACGAGAAGCUUCUGUGGACCACCAGUCGUGUUCUCAAAGUGCUCUCUGUCUGUCCUAGUAACAAGCCUGCUAUUGUAGAUGCUGGUGGAAUGCAAGCUCUUGGUAAACAUCUGACCGGCUCUAGUCAACGCCUAAUGCAGAACUGCCUGUGGACCUUGAGAAACCUGUCAGACGCUGCAACCAAACAGGAUGGAAUGGAAAAUCUGCUGCAAGUACUGGUCAGUCUGCUGUCCUCAGACGACAUCAACAUGCUAACCUGUGCCACAGGCGUCCUGUCCAACCUCACCUGCAAUAACACGCGCAACAAAACCCAGGUAACCCAGAGUAACGGUGUGGAGGCUCUGAUUCACGCUAUCCUGAGGGCCGGUUCGAAACAGGACGUGGUUGAGCCAGCUGUUUGCGCCCUGCGGCACCUUACCAGCCGACAUCCUGAGGCUGAGACUGCGCAGAACGCUAUACGAAUCCAUUACGGCAUCCCCGCUAUUGUCAAAUUGCUCGAUCAGCCCUACUCCUGGCCAGUUGUUAAGGCUGUUGUUGGUCUGAUCCGCAACCUGGCUCUGUGUCCAGCCAAUCAGGCUCCUUUGAGAGAUGCUGAGGCCAUUCCCAAACUGAUCACCUUGCUUCUGAAAUCUCACCAGGAUGCACAGAAACACGGUUCAUCCGCUCAGCAAACAUACCAGGAUGGAGUGAGGAUGGAGGAGAUUGUGGAAGGCUGCACUGCUGCUCUGCAUAUCAUGGCCAGAGAUCCUGUGAACAAUGCCACCAUUGCCAGCAUGGACACUAUUCCUCUGUUUGUACAGUUGUUGUAUUCUCCAUUGGAUAAUGUCAAGCGUGUGGCAGCUGGUGUUCUGUGUGAACUGGCUCUUGAUAAACAGUCGGCUGAGAUCAUUGAUGCAGAGGGUGCCUCUGCUCCUCUCAUGGAGCUCCUUCACUCCAGCAAUGAAGGAAUUGCCACCUACGCUGCUGCUGUACUCUUCCGAAUUUCUGAGGAUAAAAACCCUGACUAUAAGAAGCGAGUGUCAGUGGAACUCACACACUCGCUUUUCAAACAAGACCCAGCUGCAUGGGAGAUGGCACACAGCAAUACCAUGAUGGAGCCACUUCCUGGUGACGAGCUUGAUGGCUAUGGUCCAGGAGCAUAUCAAGGAUAUAGUGAUGGCAUGCAUAUGGAAAACAUGACUCUAGAUCAAGACAUGCAAGAUGAUUAUGGGCCGGGCAUACCUUACGAUCCCAUGUCCAGAGGCUACCAUGAACCCUACUAACAGCCUGAUGAUGAACUGAGCUUUGCUGGAAGAGGAAUAUGAAAGUACAGAAAAGGAAGAAACUCCUGGUUUUUCAUUGCUGGGUGGCUGUGGUUUAUUUUCCUGUAAACACACACUCUGACACUGCUGUAAUAUAUGCAGUUUUUCACUGUGCUGGGAGAGGCAGAAUUGAGUACAACUUUACACUGCCUGACAGCUUGCUGCAUUUUACACUUUUUUUGUAGAAAAUGUUAUAUUUUAGCUUUUCUUAUGGGUGCAUUAAUACAUUGUUGGUAAAAGGACCGGUUAACUAUGCCAAAGAGAUUUUAUUAUCAUAUUUUAUAAUGAUAAUCAUGUUGCUUUUUUAUAGUUUUACAAAUUUGAAAAAUGCUAUCAAUGAUUCACUCACAAUAACUGACACACGGUCAGCUUUCUAUCUUUGUUCACAAUGGCAUUAGUCAGACAAGUUUGAUCAGAGCUGAUCUGUAAUCAGCUUUAAUGUAUGAAACGUCUUGUCAUGUUGAUUUCCUACUUAAACAGACUUCACUAGGAUGAUACCUUUGAUCUCUGAAGAACAAACACAAAAGCUUUGGCAAUAACAAAUAUUGCUUAUGCAUCACCAUAUCUCUUCUUUUACAUACAGAGACUUUAUUAGAAGAGUUUUUAAUGUGUGAGGAUUUUUUUUCUCACUAUUUUCUUGUUUUGCUGAAAUGUUCUUAAUGUAUAUACAAGGAAAUACUGAUUUUAUUUGUCCUGCAAGUGUAUGGAGUGUUUGUAUUAACUUCAGGAAUAAAUGCUGUGCUGAUUAAAAAGGAAUUAACGUUUAACAACAAAUAAACCUUGUCACAAAAAAAACCUAGCUUUAGAUUUGUUAAUAUUUAAUCAGAGGAAUCAAACUGAACAGACAAUGGGGUUACUUUCUUUGUAGCAUUCUUACUUCCCUUGUCCAAAAUAUACAAAUAAAAUCAUGUUAUAUAA